AAAGGAUGUCCUGGCCGCGCGUGCAGCUGGUGGUCACCGCGGACGACUUUGGUUACUGCCCGAGGCGGGAUGAGGGCAUCGUAGAGGCCUUCCUAUCCGGGGCUGUGACCAGCGUGUCCCUGCUGGUCAACGGCGCGGCGGCGGAGAGCGCUGUGGAACUGGCCCGCAGGCACCAAAUCCCUACCGGACUCCACGCCAACUUGUCUGAGGGCCGCCCUGUGGGCCCGGCCCGCCAGGGCGCCUCUUCGCUGCUUGGGCCCGCAGGCUUCUUCCUUGGCAAGAUGGGAUUUCGGAAGGCUGUAGCGUCCGGAGAUGUGGUCUUGUCCCAGGUGCGAGAAGAGCUGGAAGCCCAGCUGAGCCGCUUCCAGGAAUUACUGGGCAGGAAACCCACUCACGUGGAUGGGCACCAGCACGUGCACGUGCUCCCGGGCGUGUGCCAGGUGUUUGCAGAGGCGCUGCAGGCCCACGGGGUGCACUUCACUCGGCUGCCGUUGGAGCGCGGAUUGGGCAGCUGCACGUGGCUGGAGGCGCCCGCGCGCGCCUUCGCGUGUGCGGUCGAGCGUGACGCCCGGGCAGCUGUGGGUCCCUUCUCCCGCAGAGGCCUCAGGUGGACCGAUAUCUUCGUGGGCCUGAGCACCUGCGGCCGGCAUAUGUCCGCUCAUCGCGUGUCAGGGGCACUGGCUCGGGCCCUGGAAGAUACCCCCUCAGGCCACUGCCUGACAGCGGAGCUGAUGGCCCACCCAGGCUACCCCAGUGUGCCACCGGCUGGAGGCUGCGGUGAGGGCCCCGACGCAUUUUCCUGCUCUUGGGAGCGACUGCAUGAACUGCGUGUCCUCACCGAACCCACACUGCAGACCCGGCUUGCCCAGGAUGGCGUGCAGCUCUGUGCCCUCCAUGACCUAGACUCCAAGAGACCUGGGGAAGAGGUCCCUGGCGAAGCCACUCUGGACACCUUCCUGGAGUCCUCUCAACUGUGACCCAGACAGCCAAGAACGCACGCUGUGGUGCUCAGGAAGGGGGCAAGGGCUUUGUCUGGCACAGUCCACAACCAAACCCUAGCGUGGGUUCUCUGACUUCCCUAGGCAGAGGGGUGCCACCUCUAUGCCCAGGUCCUCAUGACUCACAGAGUGCAGCCAAAGCUUUGGCAAGCCCUCUUGGCUGCAGGCAGGUCAGCUUGUGACAUCUUGCCCUGGCACUUGCCAAGCAUUUAGUGCGCUUCACGUUUCCAUGUCAACAUUUUCUUUGUUUAGGUGUAGUGGUGAGAGAUCACUAUUAAUAAAAUAACUUCCACUGGGUCUUGUAAACUUGAGCGAUUUAUACAUUGUGCCCAGA